AUGGCAUGCCAGUUCUCGCGGGCAGCUCCGCCACACAUCAGGCGAAUCAUGCCGAUGAGGCCCUUCCGGGCCGUCGCCGACGGCGCUCGGAUGUCCGCGCGCUCAUCGACGGGGCCAUCCCUGGGCGUUGCUCCUGCGUGUUGUGAGACUUCAGAGGAGACUCGCGGCUUGGAGGAAGGGCGAACCAGCUGUUCACAACUUUUCGGCGGUCGCGCGAGGGAACUGGUGCCUGGAGCUUUUCGAAUUGGCGCGCUGGGGGCGUCGCCUGCUGAGGCGUCCGCGGCCGUGCCUACGGAGGCUGUGGAGCGCAGCUGCGGAGAUGCGCCUGCGUACAGAGUGGCGAGUCCUUGCGCGUGGCUGAUUCCACCUGCUCAUCCACACUCCCACGGCGUGCGUGCCCUCGCUGCAGUGUCAGUCGCAUCGCAGCUCGGGUGGCGCCAACACAGCUGCGAAGACGCGUCCCAGACUGCGAGGCACGCGGUCGGUUGGUGCUCUCGAUUAUGCUUCGGCGAGCUGUCUGAGACUCCUCGAGAGCGGGGUGUCGCGGCGCAGCCCGAGUCGCAGCAAAGCGGAUCGGUCGACGCAGCUCGCCUUCGCGAAGCGAUGACGACGCGCGGAGGAGUCGUUUUCAGCUGCUCAACAUCGGGUUCCGCACAGAGCUACACAUCCGUGCACCAUGCCGUCCGUCGAAUAUACGAGGAGCCGCACGAGGGUUUAAGUACGGUUUGGGGGCCUGUGAGCCACGCCUGUCGCGUGAUGGAGCGAUCCUCAUAUGCCGAUGAUUUCUCAGCGCGGUUGUGGCGGCCGCCAGUUCCAAGCACAGUGCCUCUACGAGACCCACGGGUGGGCGAUGCCAGCCGAGCGGUGCCCUUAGUUCGAAUUGAAAUGCCCGCGACGCAGCAGGGCUCUGUCCACCCAGAGAGUGAUGCCGAAGCGACUCAAGGUGCGGUUGGAGAGCCUGAUGAAGGAGCGAAGCGAGAGUACCGGUGUAAUAAAGUGAGAACCGACAAAAAGGACAGGAAGCGCGCGUUCCCCCAGAGGGGCUUCUGGAAGAAACAGAAUUUCCUUCAGAACAGAAGCAACACGACACGUCUCGCAUUCGCCGUCCAGGGGGUCGAUCUGCUGAAGCUCAAGCGGCUUCGAUGGGGCGAAGUGCGGAAGGGCAACACGGGGUGGUGGACGGAUGACUGGCAGAGUGCCAACUCUUCCAGUCCGCCCAAGUAA